UAUGCAGUAAAUUUGAUAAAACCCGUCACUUGUCGUUCCAACACGCGCCAUUUACUCAGAUAAAGGUUCCGGCAUUUUUUUGUCCGGAUUCGUUUUUGAAGAUUUAUUUUUAUCUUUUGGCAAUAAAAAACUGGUGCAUGCAUUCUUGUCGACUGAUAAAAGUCUUUCAGAAAUAGUGCAAUUCAUUUUAGAAAACUGCUAUUCAUAUGUGAAGAAUAUAACUUUAUGGAAGCUAGGGAGAAAAAAAUAAUGUUGUGAAAGGAAUUUUAAAUUCUGUGAAUUAGAUCACUAAACUUUAGAGGAGAACUAUCACAAAACAAUGUUGUUUACGGUAAUGUGCACCUUGUUGGGGAUGUUGUCGUUUGUAUCAGGUCAAUGCCCGGGCAAAGCUGAUAUAAUUUUAGCCGUGCCUGCCUCAGAGCUUAUACCAGGGCAAGAGUUCUUCCCUUUCGAGAGAUUUCUUAUAAAUCUAGUCAGUUACUUCCGCCUCGACAAUGACAAUGUCAAUAUUGGCCUUAUCCUUUAUGGAAAGACACCCAUACCAAUAAGCUGGCCACAACCUUUCAAGUCAGCGAAGCAGACGAACACGCGAAUCACACUGAUGUCUCAGCGUUUGAAUUUCGUUGAUCAGUUGAACGGCGGAAAUGACGUAUCUUCCGCUUUGGGGAUGAUGCGUUACAUGUUUCAAAAUCCAACCGGUCAGCCUCAGACAAAGCCUAGAGAUGGUGUUAAAAAGAUUGGGGUAUUUUUCACAUACAACAGAGUUCAGGAAAAUGAGCGCCCAUCUGUAAUAACGGCAGCAGAAGAACUUAAAUCUGACGGCGUUGUCGUCUAUGCUGUCGGCAAAGGAAGAGCUGGACCAGAAUUUGCCGCAAUUGGUUCCGAUUACUGUAAAUCUUUCUCAAUGGGACGCUUUAUUGACGGCCUGCCAAGCGUCUUGGCUUUCUUAGGAAGCAGCAUUUGCUCGGAGAUGGACCCUAACGUCAACGUAUCAGCACUGAACUGUUUUCCACAGCUGUACCAAAGGAAAGAGCCAGAGCCAAUCCAAUGCUCUUCAAAAUCAAUCUUGUUCCAAGACCCUGAAAACUGCGCAUAUUUCUAUCAUUGUCUGUUCAGAAGACCAGUUCAGGAGCCAUGUCCAAUUGGAAUGUUAUUCGACCCUAUCGCUCAGUCGUGCAACUACAAAGAAUUCGUUUCUUGCUACUCGGAUAUAAACUGUCCCAAAAAAGACGGUCUCUUUCCGCAUCCGACAGACUGCAGCAAAUACGUAAACUGUUUUGACUUCCGCCCAUAUAUUCAGUCCUGUCCAUACGGUUUAUGGUUUGACGAGAAAACAGGAGGCUGCGAAUCAGCAGACAAAGUUGCUUGUAGAAAAUUUUAACGUAUUUACUGACGUGGCGCAUAAACAUUUGACGAUGGAGAUUGCGUUAGAUCUCACUUUUUGACAGAUUUUGCCAAUUGUCUUAAAAUAUAUCUUUAUAUUCAGAGAGGGAUCCUUUCUGAAGGCAGUUGGUGGUGGCUAUUUGUAAACAAGACAUUAUCGACAAUGUGCUUAAUGUUUUUUAAAAUAUUUCUACACAAAAGCCCGAAACAAAUGUUGAUGGAUACUAAAGUCAUCUGCAACAAAGGCAGUUGGUGCUUCUUAGAAGAGAUUGGCUACGAGUUAAUGCCAAACAUGAUAUGAUGACGGAACAAAAAUGCGACAUGAACUUGUACAAAAUAAUAUAUUAUGUA